AUGGGCAACCUUAUCCCCUUCGUCGUCGCCUUAUGCGCAGUAGCCCUUGCCUACACAUUCCUCGUGGACCCGCUGCGCAAAAUCCCCGGCCCUCUGUCCGCCCGGUUCUCGCGACUAUGGAUGGUGCAGCGCUCUUACAUAGGUGACAUGCACACGAGCAUGAUCGCGCUGCACAAGAAGCACGGCAAGCUCGUACGCACAGCGACGAAUGAAGUCAGCAUUUCGGAUCCCGCGGCCAUCAAGACGAUCUAUGGCGCGGGUUCGAAGUUCAGGAAGAGCGAUUGGUAUUCUGUUUGGCAGGGGCAUCGCACAUUCGAUCUGUUUGGCGAGAGGGAUGAGAAGGUCCAUGGUAGGCAGAGGAGGCUUGUUAGUAAUAUCUAUAGCUUGGAUCAGCUGAAGAAGAUGGAGCCGUAUGUUGAUAGCACUUUAACGCUGUUCUUGAAUAGGCUUGAAAAAGUCCGGACAGACGGGGCGAUUGACAUGGGGAAGUGGGCGCAGAUGUUUGCUUUUGAUGUCAUCGGCGAAGUCACAUUCUCACGGCGCUUUGGCUUCCUAGCUGCAGGCAAAGAUGACGGCUCGUUCUCCGCCAUCGACUCAGCCUUGCACUCAGCUUCUUGGAUCGGGCAGACGCCUUGGCUGUACUGGCUGCACGACUUGUUCAUGCCGUAUAUCGGCAACUACCUCGGUGUGAACAACCGCAAUGGUUCGCUGCGUCAGAUUGCUGCUCGAGAAUGUGAGGCGCGCAAGGGCCGUGGAAGCGAUCACCGCGACCUGCUGCGCGCGCUCAUGGACGUCAAGGAACAAAAGCCUGGAGAGUUUGAUGACAAUGGUGUACUCAGUAUGGCGGCAAGUAACAUCUUCGCGGGUAGUGAUACAACUGGUAUCAGCAUUGGUGCAGUGCUGUACAACCUCUGCAAACAUCCUGAUUGCAAGGAGAAGUUGGUGAAGGAGAUCAAGAAAGCGAUGCAAGACGAAGGGCUGAGUCGGACGGAUAAUAUGCCGUUCAAGGUUGGCCAUGCAAUGCCGUACCUGCAGGCUUGCAUAUACGAGGCAUUGAGGCUGCAUCCUGCAGUAGGCAUGUCGUUGCCUAGAGUUGUACCGCAGGAGGGUUUCGAGAUCGACGGGAUCUUUAUCCCUGCCGGGACCAUAGUCGGCGCCAACCCUUGGGUCAUACACCGGCAAAAUGAGAUCUUCGGUAAAGACUGCGAGACUUUCCGUCCGGAACGGUGGUUAGAAGGAGAACGGAACCAGAUGGAUCGUAACUUCUUCACUUUUGGCAGUGGCUCGCGCACAUGUAUUGGAAGAAAUCUGAGUUGGAUCGAGAUGACGAAACUCAUUCCUUCCCUCCUUAUGCGCUUUGAUAUAGCACUAGCGCAUCCGAAUGAAGAGCCCGAGCAGCAUUGUUGGUGGUUUGUCAAGCAAGAGGGUCUGGAUAUGAAGCUCGUACCUCGCGUAUGA